AUGGCAAAGUGGAAGACGGUGUCGUUAUUAUGUUGCACUCUCGCCUACUUUCACCUGUCCAUCGCCAAUUUCUUUCAAGGCGAGGGUGACGUGGGCGAUUUGUGUCCCCCAAUUACACUGGCUAUCGAAUUUCGUGAACAUGCCCAUGUAUUGCCCUACUUUUUCGGUUGGCUUGAAAAUGUCGACUAUCCGAAGGAGAAAAUCUAUCUCGAGCUUUUCAUCAAUGGAAAAGAAGAUUCAACUGCCGAUCAAGUGACAUGGUGGCAAUCUUCCGUGCAAAAUCUCUUUGGGAAAAUAAAUUUGCACACACAUGUCGAGAAUUGGCUUGAGGAUGGACUUCGAGCGGCAAGAUUGCGAAAAAGGAAGAGAAUACUUUUCCUGACCGGAGACACCUUACCCGACAACGAAAAACUAUUACGGAAUUUGAGAAAGCUACAACACAUUGCUAUCAUACCGUACAUGCAGUCGGCACCGUUCCGCCAGAAAACCAAUGUUAAUUUAACACUCGAAAAAGGAAAAACCUACGAGAUUGAGGAAAACGAAGCUACUUUACCGCUUUAUCUGAAUUUGGAACACUCUGAUAUCUCCUAUUUAACUUUUGAUCAAGGAAAUCUUUUCAUCGAAUAUAAUGGACCUCCGAAACCGCUAGCCGUUUUUGAGGAGUCUUGUCGCCGUAUGGAUGUCAAGAUUUUUGUUUCAGCUGAAAAUUACCAUGGGUAUUGGCUCGAGCCACAGAAAAGUAUCCAAGCGCAUCGCUGGCUGAUGCGGUACCUGGCUGCUGAUUGGGCAGCGGAUCGAGGAGCUCACGCACAAAUACACUCUCGAUCGGUUCGACCAUUUCGAGAGGAGCCAUCGAAACUUGGAUUUGAUGAAAUAUUUCUGAUCAAUUUGGAACGAAGAAAGGAUCGGCUAAGACGUGCCGAGGAGAUCAUGGGAAUUCUUGGGAUUGACUUUCAACUCUGGAAAGCCACCGAUGGACACAAUUUGCCACAAGACCUCGCCAUGCACUAUUUGCCUGGAUACCUCGAUCCCUUUCAUCAGAGACCAAUGAAAGCCGGGGAAAUUGGAUGUUUUCUUUCACAUUAUCGAAUUUGGGAAGAAAUAGUAAAGCGUGGAUUGAAAAAGACGAUCGUUUUCGAAGAUGAUAUCAGAGUUACAGCUGAUGGGUUACAGGUGCUAAAAGAAACAAUGGAGGAUUUGGGAAAGAAAAGGGAGCCCUGGGAUUUCGUGUAUCUCGGUCGGAAGAUAAAUUCAGCAGAGGGAGAAUUCUUUGUGACCGGUCACCGUCACCUCUCAACAAUUGGCUAUUCAUAUUGGACGCUUGGCUACAUGAUUUCACUUGAUGGAGCGAAAAAGCUGUUGGCCACUGAACCGCUGAAACGAUUGCUUCCUGUUGACGAAUAUCUGCCGAUCAUGUACAAUAAACACCCGAACAAAGAAUGGGCAUCGAAUUUUGUUGGUUACGAGAAACUGAUCGCUUACGCCACUCAUCCAGUUGUCGUCGUUCCGCAGAGAUACACAUUUCAAGAAGGAUAUGUGAGUGAUACAGAGGCAUCACAUAUCGUCACUCUUCAAAAUCCCACCCCCGCCGUACACAAUGAACUU